AUGCCACCAAAAACUCCAUCGAAAGGUUCGAAAAAAGCCGUGACAAAGACAACGAAAGGAUCGUCCGGUGCGAAAACCACCGACAAGAAAGCUAAACUGCAUCCCGAUACAGGUAUUUCAUCGAAAGCAAUGUCAAUUAUGAAUUCAUUCGUAAAUGAUAUUUUUGAACGUAUCGCUGCUGAAUCAAGUCGUUUAUCUCAUUAUAAUAAACGAUCAACCAUUAGCAGUCGUGAAAUUCAAACUGCUGUUCGCCUUCUACUACCUGGCGAACUUGCUAAACACGCUGUAUCGGAAGGUACAAAGGCUGUUACCAAGUACACGAGUGCUAAGUAA